ACAACUUCAACAGGUAGCCAAUGAGGCAAUAACAUAACCAAGAUUGUGCAUAUAAAUAAACCGCACUAAGUGCUGACAAUGGACAUUAAUAAUUUGACCGCUAAAAUGAGCUUUGAAGAUUCCCCCAACCCAUCUAAAAGUGCAAAGAGAGUGGGUUAUUUAAAGUGGGAAGACUAUUUUAUGGCGACUGCUGUACUAGCUGCACAACGCAGCAAAGAUCCAAACUGCCAGGUCGGGGCAUGUAUUGUGAACACCGAUAAAAGAAUUGUUGGCGUCGGAUAUAAUGGAAUGCCUAAUGGAUGCUCCGACGAGGUGUUCGACUGGACUCAAACCAAUAAACAAUUAUAUGUUUGCCAUGCAGAAAUGAAUGCUAUUCUGAACAAAAACGUGAUUGAUGUGAAGGGUUGCGAUCUAUACGUUACCCGGUAUCCAUGCAACGAGUGUGCGAAGGUGAUCAUCCAGUCCGGGAUCAAGAACAUUUAUUACAUCUAUAACAAACACCCAGACAAGCCCAUUUACAUCGCUUCUGGGAAAAUGCUUGAAGCUGCUGGUGUUUCGGUUAUGAAAUUUGUACCCGAGAAUAAUGAAAUCUUGCUUAAUUUGUCGCCGCCCCAAAUGCAUUGUUAGAAAUAAUUGUUAUUUAUGUACGCACGGAUGCACAUCAACUAUACAUUACCGUUCCCAGUCUAUCGUGGUCUCGCAGCUCAUUCGACGGUCAAUCCAUACUGGUGCUGCAUAGAGUGGAGCGUGAUCGCGCGUACAUUAUGAAGAUGAUAUAUACGUAUUGUUUAUACAUGUGAUAUUUUAACGUGGUUAAGUUUUAUAUUGACGACAUCAGCAUUAAGCUAAUGAAUGAAACAGAAAUGUAAAUAAAUUUGUAAAAUAAAAUUUUAUUACUUUAUGUACAAGAUGACACGGGUACAGAUACUCCGAUCACACCACUCAAAUACAAUUAAAAUCAACAAUCAAAUGUGAUUUACAAUAACUUAAUUGAACAUAUUUUGUGUAAAAUAAACAUCAACUACAUCCACUGAAUAAAAUACAUUUGUAUAAUCAUGAAAUAAAUGAAACUUAGAAAGGAAUAAAUAUUUUUUAUUCAGAUCUUACCUACAUUCUGUGUAGGUACAAAUGUUACUAUGUGUCUGCUAUCCUAUAAUAAAAUAUUGAGCUGAACAUUUCAUUCAGUGAAUGUUGUCUUGGAAACGAACUGAUCAAGUGUGUUCAACACAACAUAAGUGCAUGUAUUGUUACAAUUUGGAGUAUUCAAUUAUAUAAUUAUUGUCCAAACUUUACACAUAUCUACAAAAAAGAAAAAAUAAACUAAUUCCAAUGCAAAUGUUGGUUUAAUUUGAGUCCAUGGUCACCAUCCGUACUUUUACAUAUUAAAACCUUAGCGCCGCAUGCAGUCAAUAAAUUUCAAGUCAACAAAGACCUCAGAACUAACGAUAUUGUACAAUACAAACUUAAAGUAAGAAUUAUUUACAAGCGUAACCUCCGG